AUGAGUACAACAACAGCUUCAAUCGCCUCUGCUACUAGUGCCUUGGCCUCUUCAACCCAAACAUGCACCAACCCCAAGCCAGGGAAGAAUGGCUACCUGCCUCCAGAAGCGUGUGACAGUAUCCUGCUCUAUGUUCCCUCUCUAGCUGCCGCAGUAUUGUUCUGCGUGCUAUACGGCCUAACCCUCAUCUGCCACGCGGUACAAGCAUAUCUCUACAAGAAGCGCUACGCCUGGGUCAUCAUGAUGGGCGCAACCUGGGAACUAAUCGCCUUUAUAUUCCGUGCUCUCCUCACACGACAACAGAACAACUCGAAUUGGGACACCGUCUACACGAUCAUGUUCCUCCUCGCUCCUCUCUGGAUAAACGCCUUCCUCUACAUGACCCUCGGCCGACUCAUCUACUUCUUCACGCCGGACCAACAACUCGCCGGCAUCACCGCCCGACGCUACGGCCGACUCUUCGUCUGGCUCGACAUCUUCGCCUUCCUCGUUCAGCUCGGCGGCGCAGCCAUCACCACCGAGACGGGUGUACCGACCAGCAGAAUCAUGCUAGGCGUGCAUAUCUACAUGGGUGGAAUUGGAUUGCAGGAGUUAUUCGUCCUGAUCUUCACUGGAUUGGUCAUCCAUCUCCAUCGGAAACUCAUCCACUAUGAACAGGCGGGGAUUUUGAGUCCAGGCGGUGUGGUAGGCAUGAGCAUGAGCAGACAUAAGCCCCUCCCGUGGCGGUGGCUAUUCUACGUGAUGUAUUCUGCGCUGGGGAUGAUUACCAUACGUAUCAUCUUCCGACUGUGCCAAUACGCACAAGGCACGGACCCGAAUAACCCCGUCCUGACGCAUGAAGCAUACGAAUAUGUCUUUGAUGCGGUGCCGAUGUUCAUUGCGCUGGCGUUGUUGAAUGUGGUGCAUCCGGGGCGGGUGUUGCAGGGCCCGGAGUCGGAGUUUCCGAGGGUGAGUCGGGCGGAGAAGAAGAGGCUGAAGAGGGAGAAGAAACAGUUGAAGAGGGAGAGGAAGGAGGCGAAGAGAAUAGAGAAGGAGAUGAGGAAGGGAGGGAAGGGUGGGUGGUGGUGGAAACGGGGGAGGGAGAGUGAGGCGUUCGAGAUUAUUCCGAUGCAGGAGGAGGUAGAGGGGAGGGUGUAG